CCCUCGUUUGGUGAUUGUCAUUUAUUUUCUUUUAUUCGUUAACGGAUGACAGUCAAACGAUAAAUAUCAGGAAAAAUAUACGAUUCAGUGUUUCUCACUGUGCGUCGUUCGAUUCGAGAAAUCAGCAUCGACUCGCUGAAACUGAAAAUCAGGACACUUCCCAAAACGAAUGAAAAGUUGAUCGCAAGCAGAAGCAGAAGCAGCAGCAAGUGGUUAAAAAAAUCUCCAGGCAAAGGUCGUCAAAAUUAACAUUUUUUUCGAAAGUAUCAGCCAGCUGGCUGGGAGUUGUGCAGUGAAGAUGCGUGCCAUCGGAAUAUCGGUCAUCAGCCUUGCGCUGACUGGCCUGGUUAUCGGAAAUGCGUACUAUCAGAAGAAGCAGUUUUACCCAUCUGUGGUCUACAUCACGAAAUCAAAUCCAAGUAUGGCGGUCAUCUACAUCCAAUCGCUUGUGCUGGUCCUCAUGCUGGGGAAACUGAUGAAGAAAGUUUUCUUGGGCACCUUGAGAGCGGCUGAAUUCGAGCAUUUGAUGGAAAGGUUCUGGUAUGCGCUCACUGAAACUUGCCUUGCUUUUACCGUUUUCCGAGAUGACUUCAAUCCGAAGUUUGUCGCUUUGUUCACUGUAUUACUUUUCCUGAAGUCAUUCCAUUGGUUGGCUGAAGAUCGUGUUGAUUAUAUGGAACGAAGCCCAGUCAUUGGAUGGAUAUUUCACCUAAGAGUGGCAGGCCUAUUGGCCUGUUUGGGUGUCCUGGACUAUGAACUCAUCUCGUAUGCAUAUCAGUCCACAAUUGAAAAGGGAGCCACCGUGCAAUUGGUGUUUGGCUUCGAAUAUGCCAUUUUGAUGACCAUGGUGUUAAAUACAGCCAUUAAGUACAUGUUCCAUGCUGCCGAAUUGCGAUCCGACACUCCUUGGGAGAACAAGGCAGUAUUCUUACUCUACACGGAACUUAUUAUUGGGUUCAUUCGCGUGGUACUCUAUGUUAUUUUCGUCCUUCUGAUGGUCAAGAUUUACACACUUCCACUGUUUGCAUUCCGGCCCAUGUAUUACACGAUGAGAAAUUUCAAAAAAGCCUUAAACGAUGUCAUCCUGUCUCGUCGAGCUAUACGCAACAUGAACACUCUGUAUCCUGACGCCACUCCGGAAGAACUUCAACUAUCAGACAACAUUUGCAUCAUUUGUCGCGAAGAUAUGGUUAGCAAUUCGAAGAAACUUCCUUGUGGGCACAUUUUCCACACCACAUGUUUGCGAUCGUGGUUCCAGCGGCAGCAAACUUGUCCAACAUGCCGGUUGAACAUUCUGCGAACACCCAUCACGACCGCUGCCCCCGCCCCAGUGCAGCCAGUUAACAAUGAAGCAGCAAAUUUGGCCAAUGCGAAUGAAGGAAAUCGCUCCAGCUCUGUUGGAAGUGGAACGGUGCCCCCACAAUCGAAUGCUUCCCCAUUGCAUGCUACGAACACUACUGCCGUACCUUUGUUACCGGGAGCGCCAUUAGUACUUCCCCCAAUUCCGUUUAUGGGUAUUCCACCGUACGCGAUGCCCUUGCCACCGGUGCCACCCGCUUUGGAUACGCUCACCGACGAAGAAUUGCGGGCCAUGGAAGGCAAUGAACGACAUCACGUCGAAGAACGAAUCAAGCAUCUUCAAAAUAUUCGCACACUACUAGAUGCAUCGGUGGCACUUAUGAAUCAGUACUCCGCGUUGGUAGCACGUUUACCUCCGGUAGCUGCUCCUGCAGACGCCACUGCAAGUACCAGCCAAAACUCCACAUCCGCUGUUCCGGUUCCAGAUUUUGCUACUCUAAUAAAUCCAUCUGCGUACAGUUCCAAACAAAACCAAACUACAACAGACAACACCCUACAACCAAAAGUUGUCCCGACGGUGGCAGCCAAGCUAGAAGAUCUCGGUAGUGAUGAUGAUUCUGUCACCAAGCUCAACAAAGAGCCUUUGCCGAGCACAAGCAAAGAAUUUCUUAUCACCCCAGAUCAGCAGCAACCAGUGCCAAGCACUUCAGCAAAUAGUAAUAGUAAUAGUAACGAUGCUAGGCAUACAGAAAGUUCAGAAAUGAGUGAAAUUCGUCGUAGACGACUGGAAAAGUUCGGUUCCAGGAUGAGCUCUGAUUAGAUGACUAAUUAACGGCAAUUUAUGAGACUGGAUCGAGUUUGCUGAUGGUUUAGAUUGGUGAUUAAAAUAAAGAGAAAAAAACAGCUAAAUUUUUGUAAUUAGUCAGAUAUAUUCAAUCUACUUUAUGUUCCUAUACAAAAGAAGAAGGAAGAAAAAAGGGCUUAUUUUAUUUUCAUUCAAAAAGCUUCAACAUUUUAACUCGUUCCAAAUUAUUUGCAUUUUAGUUUUAUUCCUGUCGUGCAAAUUUGUUAUGAAUAAGGGCUCGUUCAGCAUCACUGCACUGUGCGUUUGUGCGCGUCGUAUGCAACUCGUACAGCUGAGCCUCGAGCGGAGGUGUGUAUCAUAAACAACAGUGAAAUUGAUAAUAUAGAUUGUAAUCAUAUUUGUAACUGAAUAUGACACAAAGGUAAUAUAGUGGAGUAAGCAGCAGCAAAGCAUAUUGUUUAUUUAAAGUGUACUAACUAGUACUGGAAGUCGUUCACUAUUUGUAUAUGUAAAUAUUCCUACAUUUCAAUAAAUGUAUAAACAAAAAGAAA